CCAACAUGGAGUGGAAGUGUGCCCCCCCCCGGCAGCAUUUAUAAACAUGGCCCCACUCGUCUCCUCACACUCUUUGUUUACAUUACAUACACUCUUGGUUCUCUCAUAAGACCCACUUCAACCCCCCCUGAGUCUCCACUUCAGGUUUCUGCAGGUGCCUCCAAAAAAUCUUCCUGUUUAGAUCUUCCAAAGCGCUUGCCACCAUUUCACCCCCAAACGUCAUGUACAGCUCCAGCUACUCCCGGGCCAAGUUUGGCCUGGAAGCAAGGGAGCCUCUGCACAAACCGAAGGGGAAGAGCUGCGGAUACUACUGGAGGAUCGUGUUCUUCUUCUCCUCACUCAUCCAGUCCCUCAUCAUCGUGAGCUUGGUGCUCUUCCUCAUCUACGGGCAACCUGAGAAGUCAGCCGAGGAGAAAAGAGUGAAGGAGCUGCAGCUGGCUUUAAACACACUAAGCGAGAACAACUUCCAGCUGACAAAAGAGAAAGGAGAGCUGAGAGUUCAACUCGGGGCUCGCUCGGCUGAGAAAGCUGGUCUGGAGAAAGAACUGGAGAAGCUCAAGACUCAGGCCAACAGUACAGAGACGGAACUAAGAACGAAAUUAGCAAACUGUGAGAGGCAGAUUGUGACAACACGGAGCACGGUGGUGCGAUGUCCCACUCCACCCAUUCCGCAACCUGCUGUGGUCAAUAAUGGAAACGAGCUGAGAACUUUGCAGAACCUCAACGCUCAACAGAAAGCCAUGAUAGAUCUCAUCGAGGCCAACUUCACCCAGAUGGUCCACUUCCUGAGUCAGGCCAGGGACAACGCCCUUAGAGACAGAGACGUCCAUCACCAGGAUGCCAUCGGUCUUCGGAGACAAAACACCAUGUUGGAACAGCAGCUCACCACAUACACCAGGAAAUGCAAAGAGGACUUUGCUCAAUCUUUGGACGGGAUCCAGACGGUGACCAGGGAUUUCCUGAACAAAAUCAACAACCUGUUCCCCCACCAGAUGACCUUUCACCUCACCUGCGAGAGCCAGCAGGAGCAAAUGGAGAAGAUAAGAAGCAGCUGCACGAACCUGUCCCGAGACGUGGAGAAUAAGUUUCAGCUGUAUUUGGACAAUGUGGGAAACAAGGUGGCUCAGAUUCAAGCCCUGUCCAGUCGUCUGGAGGUACAGCACUCGCACUUGACCUUGGACCUGCAGCGGUGCGAACACAACCGCAGCGAGACGCUGGCCGAGACCGGCAAGCAGCUCCAACUCAAGCAGAGGACCCACGACGAGAAGAUGGAGAAACUGCUGAUUGAGCAGAGUCGGCUGAGAGAACAGAAAAAACUGCAAGAAGAGACUUUGGCCCUGAGGGAAAAGGAGCUGCAGACCCUGAGGGCAUCGCCCAAUUGUAAGGUUGGUGUGUUGAAACCUGGCGGAAUGCCGGCGUUCCCACAGCAGAACCGGCAAAGCGCAGCCGUCGGAGUUCCGAGCAUCGGCAGAACACAGACGGUGAGAUGAAACGAUACGUGGAAUACUGGAAUCAGCGGAAGACAAAAAAACUGUGACUCAUAAAAAGUAUUCGGCAUUUCGGGCAAACCUAACUUCUGUUACUGUUUCAGUACUUUUUAUGUAUUUUGUUAUGCAACAAACGGCACAAAAGUCGGCUUGUUGCAAAAUUGGGACAAGUUUCCUCCCACAUUCCAAAAACAUGCUAGGUUAAUUGGCGACUCCAAAUUAUCCAUAGGUAUGAAUGUGAGUGUGAAUGGUUGUUUGUCUAUAUGUGCCCUGUGAUUGGCUGGCCACCAGUCCAGGGUGUACCCCGACUCUCGUCCGAAGACAGCUGGGAUAGGCUCCAGCACCCCCGUGACCCUCGUGAGGAUAAGCGGUAGAAAAUGGAUGAAUGAAUGAAUGAGUUCUCCUCCUAUUUUGUGUGGAAGUGGUAACUUUUUGGCUUCUUAUUUUGUCUUUCCCCACACUCGGCCAUCUCUGUGUGGAGUUUGCAUGUUCUCCUCGUGCAUGCGUGGGUUUUCUCCGGGUACUCCGGUUUCCUCCCACAUUCCAAAAACAUGCUAGGUUAAUUAGCGACUCCAAAUUGUCCAUAGGUAUGAAUGUGAGUGUGAAUGGUUGUUUGUCUAUAUGUGCCCUGUGAUUGGCUGGCCACCAGUCCAGGGUGUACCCCGCCUCUCUUGCCCAAGGACAGCUGGGAUAGGCUCCAGUGUAUUGACUAGUAUGUAUUGACUAGUUUGUUACAUGCAAUACUGUACAAAAAAAAACGAAGUCGAAAAUACUAAAGCUGGUGCGUACAAAAAAAAACUACAUAUUUUUUCACCCGAAAGCUGAAUAUCGCUAACCUUUUCUGUGUCUGACAUAUCAACACACAGUAAAACUUGUAAAUAUAUCGAUUCACGCUCACUCUUUCAUUCAUUCUCACUUGGCUUUUUAUUGAUCAAUCUUAAAUGUUUCUGUAUGUCAACUUUAUGUAAAAACAUGACAAAGACACUGGUGUAAAUAUUUCUAUAAAGGAGAUUUGCAUUGUAAUAAAUUAAAUGAACCACUAACCGUCUUGUU